AUGUCUGGAGGGUACGGUCAUGAUGGCGGAGGUGGUUCCGCGCCACCGUCCUAUGGAGGUAGUGGUGGAUACGGUUCAACCGGUGGUUACGGAGGUGGCGCAGGUGGAGGUGGCGGAAAUUAUGGAGGAGGCAGCGGUGGUGGUUAUGGCGGAAAUGAAAGCGGUGGAGGUUACGGAGGGAAAGGUAGCGGAAACGGAGGUGGCGCCGGAUAUGGAGGUGGCGAUGGUGGAGGUUAUGGCGGAAGGAGUGGAUACGGUGGAAACGAUGGUGGAGGAUAUGGUGGAAGAGGCGGGGGCGGCAGUAGGGGAAGUGGUGGAUAUGGAGGUCGAGGUGGUGGUGGUGGUGGAUUUCAAGGUGGAGAUCGUGGUGGUAGAGGUGGUGGUGGUGGUCGUGGCGGCCGCGGUGGAGGUGGAAGUGGCAGAGAUGGAGAUUGGCGUUGCCCUAAUGAAAGUUGUGGGAACGUGAACUUUGCCAGAAGAAAUGAGUGUAACAAGUGUGGCACUCCAUGUCCUACCAGCGGUAAUGACCGCAGUGGCGGUGGUAGUGGUGGUGGAUAUAAUAGAGGAGGAAGUGGUGGGGGAUAUGGCAGUAACCAAGGGGGUAGAUCUGGGAAUUAUGAUGGAGGCAGAACUAAUGAUUAUAAUGGUGGAAGGAGUAAUAACAAUGAUGGCCGUGGUGGAGGGGGCAAUAGGGGUGGCUCAUAUGGUGGUAAUCAAGGCAGAGAUGAUGGGGGCUAUGGUCAAGCUCCUCCUCCUGCUGCUGCUCAGUCUUAUGGUGGUGGUGGUGGAAACUACCCUCCUGCUUAUGGUGGGAAUGCAAAUUAUGGAACAGAUGCUGUUCCUCCACCAACAAGCUAUACCGGUGGACCUAAUUCAUAUCCUCCUUCAUAUGGAGGCAACACUGGUGGUUAUGGUGGAGAUAAUCAAGGCGAUGCACGGAGUGGUGGUAGGGCUGCCCCACCAUCUGGAUAUGACAGUGGUAAUCGUGGGGGCUUUGGUGGAGCUCCUGCUGAGUCAGCAGCUCCGGUGAAGCAAUGCGACAAGAAUUGUGGAGAUACAUGUGAUAACUCUAGAAUCUACAUCUCAAACUUACCACCUGAUGUGACUGUUGAUGAAUUGCAACAACUUUUUGGAGGCAUUGGACAAGUUGGAAGAAUUAAGCAAAAGAGGGGUUAUAAAGAUCAAUGGCCUUACAACAUAAAGAUUUAUACCGAUGAAAAUGGAAAAAACAAGGGCGAUGCAUGCCUUGCUUAUGAAGAUCCCUUUGCAGCUCACUCUGCUGGCGGUUUUUACAACGAAUAUGAUUUGAGGGGUUACAAAAUCAGUGUUGCGAUGGCAGAGAAAUCUGCACCAAGGGCUCCGCAAGCAAAUAACCAUGGGGGCAAUAGGGGUGGCUAUGGUGGAGAUAGGCGCCGAGACAAUUCUGGCCCUGAUCGACGGGAUCAUUAUAGUGGGAAUCGUUCACGCCCAUACUAG